AUGUUAUUAUUAUCCUAGCGCCAAUCAACAUAACUCUAGGAAUUAGAAACACUGAAAGCAUCCAUUUUUGGUUAGUAGUCUUUUCGUUCUCGAAACCCUUCAAAUGAAAGAUCACAAACCUAUUAGAGAUCAUUGAAAUUUUCAAUAGACAAUUCAAGACACAAAAACAAUGUGCAAUCAUAUUCUGGUGAAAAACAAGUAAGGAGUAAAGAUCAUUCUAAUAGUUGAAUUUAAGUUCAUAGAACUAAAAGGUUGAAAAUUUGAUUGCAACUUGGACCCAUCAAAAAAAUUCAUAAUCUUUGCAUUCAAGUUCCAAUGUAGUUAUACCUGGUAAGUUAGUUACUGAUGUGUGUUAAAUUGCUUAAUUGGAUGAUAUAAACAAGGAAUCUAUCAAGCCACACAUCAUUAUAGAAGAGGAUGUAUUGUUUACAGAAGAAAGAGAGAAUUAACCUCUUAUUUAAAACAAUAAAGAUAAGCAUGCUAAAACUCCUGUUCAUUUGAUUGCUCCUAACAAGAGUUAUAAAGAGUAAUGUAUUAAAUCUGUUAAUGAAGAAACCCAAGAAAUGAGGAAAGACAAUGGGGGAAAGAAGUCACAGAAUCAAAAUAUUUAACGACCAUAGACUACAAAGACAAACCCUGGAAUUUAAGCUAAAUCAUCACCUCUUGUGUUUAAAGGGCAGUCAUUGCAGAAUCCAAUGAAAAUAUCAUUAAUUGAUCAAAAAAAACUCAAUAAUCAAUAGAGUGGACCAAAUAAUAAUAAAAAUGUGUUGUACACUUCAAAAAUAGUCAAAAAGAAUAGUAUAAUUGUUCCUGAAGAAAAUCAAUAGGAUAAUUAAUUCAUUCCAGAAUUAGAGAGACUAAAGGAGUAGAUUUUAUCAACAUACUUAAAAUAAAAUCGUGCUCUUAUUGGAUCUUAAAAUUAAAUUCUUAAGUAUAUGAGUGUAUUAAAAUUAGAAAUUUCGAUUAAAUCCUGUAAAUUUUAAAGCAGGAUUUCCCAAAAUGA